GCCGCCGGUGGCCGGCCAGAGCUCUCCGGAGCCAGCUGUCGCACGCAAAAUGGCUUCGUUCAACGGAACGAUGAUGCAGGCCCACAUGCCGCCACCUGUCACCCCUUGGUCCACCGGCAUCUGCGACUGCCUCGACGACCGUCAAAAUUGCGUGUACACGUGUUUCUGCCCGUGCUUCACGUACGGGAUGGUGGCGGAGAUCGUGGACCGGGGGGCGACAUCUGGCAGCGCCAGCGCGGUGUUGUAUGGAUUCGUGGCGUCUGUGACGGGGUGCCUGAUGCAUUGGAUGUACUCUUGUUUCAACCGAAACAAGAUGAGGGCGCAGUACGGGCUCCAUGGGAAUCCUUUGCUGGAUGGUCUUGCCCACUGUGCCAUGGAGCCGUGCGCGCUCUGCCAGGAGUACCGCGAGCUCAAGAACCGGGGCUUCGUCGUGGAGAUCGGGUGGCAGGCCAACAUGGAGAGGCGGCACCAGCAGUAUCAGCAGCAGCAAGGGGUGACCGUGCCGCCGGCCAUGGAUAAUGGGAUGAUCCGUUGAUAUAUAUAUAUAUAUAUGCAUGUUGAUCGUUGCUGGCUUGGCUAUGUGUACCCAUUUUGAUCAAUCCGUGUAGUCUUGUUUUGCAGCUUAAUUAGCUCGAUCGGCUCUUAGUAAAAUCGCAUGCAACACACACUGUUAUGAUUGAUUAGUUCUUGCUGUAAAAAUUAUGAUUAAUUGGUUCUGCAAAAGGAGAAUUGGAUGAGGAAGCCAUUAAUUAUGUAUAUAUGUAUAUAAAUGGGUACUGUAGUUCAUCUUAUGAUAUCAGAGGUUCUCUGCUGGUGUAACUACGCACGGGAACGUGAUGUACUAUGUAUUUAUACGCUGACAAUUAACGAAUGUUUUUAGGUUA